AUGCUCGCUGCCAUCGACGACUCAGGCUUGAAUAAAUUUCUCCCAAUGAUUCUAAGUAAGCGGCAAAGGUACACCAUCAUCCGCAACAACAGCUCCUACCUCAGCUCGGACGAAUCCACAAGUUCAAAUGAUCUGAGCCAUCUGCCCGAGUCCGAGGUUCAGCUGCCAUCAAUACCGGACGGUAUCUUUGAGUACCUCGACAAAGCCGACGAGGCCAACACUGAAGUGGCUGAUGAGGCCAGUGUCGGAAAGUCAACCCUCAUCAACGCCUUGGCCAACUACCUCACCUUCAAGGACAUCAACGAUAUCAACCUCAAUGACGCCCUGACGCUCAUUCCAACGAGCUUCUACCUCUAUGAUGUCGAUGCGGACAAAGAAAUCGAGAUAUCCUCAGACCGUCUCGCAGUGACCAACUCUGUUCCUGGAUCAUCACAAGAUCCAGCCGAAGCCGAAGCCGAAGUCGAAGUCGAAGCCGAAGCCGAAGCCGGCGAGGCUGAUCUCACCGACGCUCAUAUGAAUGAGAGACAUGUAGUAGGCACCUCCUGCACGCAGCAUCCCAGGACUUAUGAGUUCACCACAUAUCUAUCUACCGGCCGCAAAGUAAUAUGCCGGAUCAUCGACACACCCGGCAUGGGCGACACUCGCGGUAUCCAGCAAGACAAGGAUAACAUGGACCUCAUCAUCAAGUACAUCGCUGACUAUCCCGAAAUCAACGGCAUCUUGAUGCUACUGAAGCCAAACAACAGCCGCCUGACCACUUGGUUCCGCUUCUGCAUCAAGGAACUCCUCAAGAGCUUGCACAAGGACUGUGUCAGAAACAUCCUGUUCAUGUUCACCAAUGCCAGAAGCACUCUCUACCGUCCGGGAGACACGAUGCCGGCGCUGAAGAAGCUGCUGAAUGAGGUCAAGCGCGACUCUGGGGUCGACAUCCCAAUCAACAAGAGCAACCUCUUCAUGGUCGACAACGAGGCCUAUCGAUAUCUCCUUGCAAGGGGACAGGUCAACUUCACAGAGGCGGAGCAAAGGGACUUUCAUAGCUCGUGGAUAAACUCGUCCAUGGCGUGUCACAGGCUCCUGGAGACCAUCGCAAGCCUCGAGAGCCACGCUUCCGAGAAAACGGUUGUGCUGUACAAGGCCAGAGAGAAAAUCCUGGAGCUGUGCAAGCCCAUCAUCGAGGUCGGCGCAUCUAUCACCAAAAACACCCGAGCACUGAACAACCAUGUCGAGGCGCUCAGCGAAGCUCAAGCCGCCGCUGGAGACCUUCGGAGUGCCUUGACAGUCGAUCUGAGCUACGGUGCCAAGAAGUUUCUGUCCCACAAUGUUUUGGUCUGCGCUCACCAAGACUGCGUCAAGCACACCAGCGAUGAGAAUGGGAAGAGCAUGACCGACUACAUCACCAAGUGUGCCGAGCCCUUCUAUUUGCCAAACUCUCGCAUCGGAGUCAUCGGCGACCCACUGUUUCAAGGCUCCAUUAACAGCCAGAAUGAGGCGGGAAGGAAACUCGAGAGCUCCAUCAGCUCCCUCAGGAGCGCCAUUUCUCGCCUCACAGGUGAAGAAGCACGCCUCAUAGGAAAUGCCUCCAGCUACUCUGCCUUUGUCAAAGAAAACGGAAUCAUACUGUACAACGAUGCGAUCAUUGAGUAUAUCAACCAUCUCAUCGAGGAAGAAAAGGGGGCAAGCAUCGAGGUGACCGCUGCGACCGGCACCUCCGCUGGCUCCAAAAGCCCUCUCCAAAGCCUGAGUGAGCUCAAGCAGAUAUACGAAAGCGAGAAGCGGGUGAUGGUCGGCGCUCUGGCAAAGCACACCGGUGCGAUUCCGACCCACGAGGAGAUGAAGAAGUCGCUUGGUCUCAUUCCUCCCCCACCACCCCCUCGGAAAGGCUUCAAAAAGUUCAUGUUCAAGCUCAAGCUAUUCUUCAAGACUUUCAAGCCAUGA